AUGUCUUUGGACAUGUUUUUCACACAACCAAGGGCAUUGACGGACACAGUUCCAAGGGGUCGAAUGGUCCUCGGCCCAGCUUGCAGCCCAAACAUUCUCAACACCGUGACUCUCCUCAAGAAGGAGGGCACUGUGGCCACGCCUCCAGGUCUCCCAGACCCAGAAGCCUUGGACUGCACGCUCAAACAGAGCUCCUUCCAGCGCAAGGCCGAAGACAUUGUCAGAGUCAGCCGCGGAUGCGCAGAGCAGCUUGACAUAUCAUUCCAGCGCACCAUCAGAGUUCCUGAUGGCGAAGGGGACUCUGAACUCCCACCAGGCAUGGGGAGCUUUCCCCUCUACUCGGUCGCCAACUACGCAAAGGAAUUGCCCAAAGACAUUGCGGCGAAAGGCGGCCUUUUCCUUCCCAUGUACCAGCGUGAGGCGAUGUGGAUCUCAAUCAAAUCCAAAACACCUUUUGCCAUCCGGAUCUUUGUUGGAGGCGUGAAUGCUAUUUCCGGCGAGCCUACUGGCGACAACGAAGCCAUCAUGAUGCGUCGUCUCAGCUUCAUGGAAAAGAAGAAGUCCAUCCAAGAUCACAUUGCCACACCAAAGCAGCAGUGGCUUGAUGCCCAAGUUACCGGUCAAGACCAAGCCGGAGGACUCCAGUUCCAUGUAACACCUUCAACGCCGCCACCUACGUCCUCUCCGUCUCUGGUGCAUGCGAUGCAUUACGUGCCUGAUGUGUCGCUUAAGGCUCCUAACCCUCCCGGCUUUGACGACCGUCCUAUUCGAACCUUGAUCCAGACCAUGACCGGCAAGAUAUUUACCUUGAAGGCGUUGCCUUCUGAUUGGACCUACGAAGUGAAUCUCCAAGUCCAGGACAAGGAAGGCGUUCCACCGAUCAGCAAGGUCUGUGUUAUGGAGUAA